UCAUUUCUCCGAACUUUCAGCACUCAACACAAACCACUCAACCACAUUACAAACUCACAAAAUCAAUUUCUUGAUCAACAAUUGAACAGCAAACUAAAACAAUGGCAUCAUUUACAUCACCCUCAUUCAAUUCCCUCUCCUCCGUCACUGCAAACCCCCUCCACCACACAACCAAUCACUCCUCCGCGGCACCAUCUCACAUCUCUUUCCGACGAUCCUUCCCCACAGUCUCCGCCGUGUACUCCACCGCCACCUCUUCUGUAGGCGUCGCCUCGACUACUUCGCUUCAACAGUCUUCAUUUUACGAGGUUUUGGGGAUCCAGGCUGGGGCCUCCGGUAAGGAAAUCAAAGCCGCGUAUAGGAAAUUGGCUAGGGUUCUUCACCCUGAUGUUGCUAUUGUGGCGUCUAACGGUGUUAAAGCUAUCGGGUCAUCAUCGGCCGAUGAAUUUAUUAAGGUUCACGAGGCAUAUGCUACGUUGUCUGAUCCUAAAAAGAGGGCGGAUUAUGAUCGGACGAUGUGGCUUCAAGGCCGUCGUUUGAGUUACUCACCUGUUUAUUAUACUAGUGGAGCCACCAAAUACGGUGGCGGUACGACUUCGUGUUCGGGUUUCUCCGGUUAUACUCGCCGUACAUGGGAGACUGAUCAGUGCUGGUAGAACUUAAUUAAGAGAUUACUAUGUAUAAAUUGCAAAUUACAAAAAAGAAAGUAUUAUAGUAGUAGAUCGAUGUGGAUAAAUUAGAUGUUACUCUGCUUAAUUUAGGUGUAGAUUGUAAUUAAAGUGUCGGCCAAAAUGUUGUUACUAUGGGGAGGAUAUGUUUUUACCUCAUUAUUACUCCUAUAAAAUAUAGACAAAAAUGGCAAUUUCUAAUCUCA